CCGGACUUGAUCCAUACGACCGCAGCCAGUUCAGUGCUUCAGGUGAACUUGACAGGCGCGCAUCUUAAGUUACCCGCACGACGCUCCACGUUUUGGUGUUCUUUUGUUUCACGUUUGAGUUUUUGAGGUGAUCCGCUAUGGCUUCCGACAAUUUGUCCGCUGUCCUGUACAAGCAGAACGAUCUUAGAUUGGAACAACGACCAAUCCCAGAGCCUAAGGAAGAUGAGGUUUUACUGCAGAUGGCAUACGUUGGAAUUUGUGGAUCAGAUGUGCACUACUACGAACAUGGAAGAAUCGCAGAUUUCAUUGUGAAAGACCCCAUGGUUAUCGGACACGAAGCCAGUGGCACAGUCGUCAAAGUAGGCAAAAACGUUAAACAUCUAAAGAAAGGUGACAGAGUAGCAGUAGAGCCCGGUGUACCUUGCAGGCGAUGCCAAUUUUGCAAAGAAGGCAAAUACAACCUAUGUCCUGAUCUCACAUUCUGCGCCACACCCCCAGAUGAUGGAAACCUAGCCCGAUACUACGUACACGCCGCCGAUUUUUGCCACAAAUUACCCGACAAUGUCUCUCUGGAGGAAGGUGCGUUGUUGGAACCUUUGUCCGUCGGUGUCCACGCUUGCCGUCGCGCAGGAGUGCAGUUAGGAACGACAGUUCUCGUUAUCGGAGCCGGUCCCAUCGGACUUGUGUCAGUCCUCGCCGCCAAAGCUUACGGAGCAUUCGUCGUCUGCACAGCUCGGAGCCCGAGAAGGUUGGAGGUUGCCAAGAACUGUGGCGCUGACGUAACACUAGUCGUAGACCCUGCCAAGGAGGAAGAAUCCUCUAUUAUUGAGCGCAUUCGAUCGGCUAUCGGCGAUCUUCCUAAUGUCACCAUUGACUGCAGUGGAAAUGAAAAAUGCAUCACCAUAGGAAUCAAUAUUACACGAACUGGUGGUACCUUAAUGUUGGUUGGAAUGGGCUCACAAAUGGUCACCGUUCCUUUGGUAAAUGCAUGCGCUAGGGAAAUCGACAUCAAGAGUGUCUUCCGGUAUUGUAAUGACUAUCCGAUCGCUCUUGAGAUGGUGGCAUCCGGACGGUGUAACGUCAAGCAAUUGGUGACCCACAGCUUCAAGCUGGAACAGACGGUCGACGCUUUCGAAGCUGCCCGCAAGAAGGCGGACAACACCAUUAAAGUCAUGAUCAGCUGCCGCCAGGGUUAAACGGGCAACCGCCAUCAACCCUAUUUCUUCGAGAGCAAUGCACACUGUCCAAUUUUCCAAGAGCAUUCGUUCCAACCCUCCACCGAAACUCGAUUGCCUUAAAAUCCUCCUAACUAUCGUACCUCUAUACCUAGUCCCUAGCUUUUCAUACGGCCCAUGGUGCCUGUUUCAAUAUUAGCCCCUGGGAUUCUUCGUUUUAAUUCGAUGAUUCUUAGAUAUCGUGUUCGAAUGAUGCGUGAAUGUUUUAUUUUUUUAUCCCUAAGGAUUUCGGAGUGAAUGCGCGCGUGCCUGAAGGGUCGUUCUUAAUCCAAGUAUUGUAUUUUAGCCCUGUGCUUUGCCUCGUUCGUAGGUUUAUUCAGUUAUUUUAUCAUUAGUCACCUAGCUUUUAGAGAGAAAAAUUAGAUUUAAAGUAUGUGUUCUUUAUGAUCUUUACAAUUUUAAUGAUGAUGCGCUUUUAUAUAGAAUUCUGAAAUUUCAUCUUUUUAUACGUUUGUAACGCCGUACAACUUUUCAUUCAUGGAAACCGUAGUUUAGAGCAUAAUUAUUUUUAAAUUGUAAAACACGGUUGAAUUACCGUCAGUCUUUUUCCUAAUAGGUUGCUAUAUUUCAAGAAAUAUUUUCAGGUUGAUGACUUAAAUUUUUUAAUCAAUGAUGUUAGUCGAUUCGAAUAAUGUUAUCUCAUCAUUUUUACCAAAUAGUUUGUUAUCUUGCUUUAUACUCAGGCCUAAACCAUCGAAAUGAAUGUGCCUGCUCCAGAGAGAUUUAUUGAAUUUUAUGUAGAAACUGUUUUUCCAAUUUGAAGUUAUAAAUAGAACUUUUUAAAUAUA